AAUAAAACCUUUAUCCAUGGCCCGAGGUAUCAUACUGCUCCUACUUGUUAUUACCUUCACCGUGGCCACGGCAAUGUCAUCCCCGUCGAUAAGUAUCAAACAGAGUUUCAUGGGGAAGAGAUCCAACUCAUUAUCAUCGUCGAUGGCAACACUGGACUCUGAUUCUAGCUCUGGUAAACACAAACUCCAACCACGUCAAAACUCCUUUGCACCGGAGGCAUAUGCGGUGAACUGGGCCCCACCAGACCAACAAUCACACGGAGAUGUUGCUACAAAGCCCCCGACAUAUCGGGUGAUAUGGAAUCAACCGACGCAAGGCGAUUCUGCAACGGAUGCUGCUGCUGUGGCGAGGCCGCCAUCACGCGGCGGCCAUGGCCUGCAUGUCGAGCCCGGGAUGCUCUUCACGAGGAAGAGCUUGCUUCCGGGGACAGUCCUGCCGGACGGCACCAAGUUCGGCGGCGGCGACGGCUUCCCCGGUCCCCAGAGGUUCGUCCUACGGGCGGACGCGGACGCCAUCCCUUUCAGCUACAGCCAGCUCGACACCAUCCUGCGGAUGUUCCGGAUCCCUCGCGGAUCCAACAAGGCGGAGCAAGUCGCCGCCACGCUCCGGACAUGCGAGGGCGCCAACGAGUCCCCGUCCCCGGACCCUCACACCUGCGCCACCUCCGAGCAGGCGGCGACCGACUUCGCUGCCGCCUCGCUGGGGGUCAGUGCCAGCGAGCUGGUCGCCGUCGUCACCGUCGUCCACGGGAGGAAGGACGCCGCCAGGUACGUGGUGGCGCCAGACGGCGUCGCGCGCAUCGGCAAGGCGGGAGCCGCCGCCGCGGUGCCGUGCCACCCUAUGGCGUACCCGUACAUGGUCCACUACUGCCACCGGCCGGCGGACGUGGAGGCGCUCCGCGUCGAGCUGACGGGGCUCGGAGGAGACGGCGGCCACGCGGAGGCCGGCGGCGCGACCGCGAUCGCCAUGUGCCACGCCAACACCACGAGCUGGGACGCCCGAUACUUCGAGAUGCUGAACGCGACGCGCGGGGAGGAGAUCUGCCACUUCAUGCCGCGGAACUACGUGCUGUGGCUGCCGGCUGCCGACCUGUAGGCACGCACGGGCACCAGGAACAAGUGCUGAAUAAGAGAGAACAGUAAGUGAUGAGUAUGGAUUAGCAGAUUGUUUGUGGCUUUGUGAAUCAACACAAUACAACUUUACAUUUUUCCCAUGUAGAAUGUUCAUGAGAAACAAUCUGCAGUAUAUUCGUUUGAAGC